AGAACAGAGCGCUGCAAAUGUCCCUCGCUGCGAGGGCAACGGUUCCAGCGGGAGAGAAGCCCCCUUCGAACGUUCUCUAAUCAGUUAUCGUGGCGGAUUCCAGAGGUGCCAAAAUGCCGCAGCAAAAAGACAUAGUGAAAAUAGCCAUCCAGAUGCCGGGGGCUUACCCCCAGCUCAUACGACUUGACCAGAAAAAGCCCCUAUCUGCAGUUAUAAAGGAGGUCUGUGAUGGCUGGAAUCUCCCAGGUCAUGAAAACUAUGCGCUUCAGUAUGCUGACGGAGUGCAGACAUACAUCACUGAAUCGAACCGUCUGGACAUUAAGAACGGCUGCAUUCUGCGUCUGACUAAGGCACCGGGGCGAUGUGCCGAGGACUUGUUUAAGGGCAUCCAAAGCAUGGACCUGGGAGUACGCUGCGAUUCGUUGAAGCAACUCGCCACCGUUUCCACAGACGUGACUUUCGCGCAGGAGUUCAUCAGCCGAGAUGGACACCUCCUAUUGGUCAAGAUAGUGGAGGACUCAAGCGAGAGUGUUCUGAUCAUGACCCACACACUGACAGCAUUCAUGGAGCUGAUGGAUCACGGCAUAGUGUCCUGGGAGAACCUCUCAUCGGUCUUCAUCGAGAAGAUAGCCUGUUAUGUCAACACCAAAGUGGCUGAUGCAUCCAUCCAGCAGGUGUGCUUAGACAUCCUGGAGAGCAUGGUCCUCAGCAGCCACAGCCUUUUCAUGCAGGUCAAACAAGUGGUGACCAUGGAGAGGCUCAUUGCUCACCUCCAGAUGACUAAUCAGCAGAUCCAAACCAAAGCUAUGGCUCUUCUUAUGGCUCUGUUGCAGACAGCCGGGGAUGCCGACAGACAGGAAAUGUUUGCAUACCUGAAUAAGAAGAAUCUACGUCAGUACAUUUACAAGAAUAUCAUCCACAGUUCUGGUUCAGUCCAGGAUGAGAUGGCCCACUACCUCUACGUCCUGCAAUCAGUGACGUUGAAUCAUUUGGAGCCACGGAUGAGGACUCCACUGGACUGUUACAGCCAGGAGCAGCGAGACAUCCUUCACAGUCUGCGGCAGGCGGCUUUCGAGACAGAGAGUGAGAACAGCCUGAGUCACGAGAGGCGACGUUCUCUCUGCGCCAAAGAGUUCAAGAAGUUGGGUUUCUCUAACAAUAGCAACCCUGGUCAGGACUUGGUGCGAACGCCUCCGGGCCUUUUAGCAUUGGACACCAUGUUUUAUUUUGCUGCACGCAAUCCUGAUGCCUACAGCAGGUUUGUCCUGGAGAACAGCAGCAGGGAGGACAAGCACGAGUGCCCUUUCGCUCGGAGCAGCAUCCAGCUCACGCUCAUCCUGUGUGAAAUCCUUCGCAUCGGAGAAGCCCCAUCAGAGACAGGCUCAGACUACCACCCAAUCUUCUUCAGUCAGGACCGACUGCUGGAGGAGCUUUUCUGCGUGUGUAUUCAGCUGCUCAACAAGACAUGGAAAGAGAUGAGAGCCACACAGGAAGACUUUGACAAGGUGAUGCAGGUGGUGAGGGAGCAGAUCACACGCACGCUGUCCACUAAGCCGACUUCCCUGGAGCUCUUCAAGAACAAAGUGAACGCUCUCAACUACAGCGAGAUCCUGAAACUGCGGCAGACAGAGCGACUGCACCAGGAAGAGACUCUGGCGCCGCCUGUUCUUGAACUGAAAGAGCGUCUGAAGCCUGAGCUGCUCGAGUUGAUCCGUCAACAAAGGCUCAACAGGCUGUGUCAGGGGACCAUGUUCCGGAAGAUCAGCAGUCGGCGCAGACAGGACAAAUUGUGGUACUGUCGUUUGUCGCCCAAUCACAAAAUGCUGCACUACGGCGACAUGGAGGAGGACUCGGAAACGCCACCCAUCGAAACGCUGCAAGAAAAAAUCCCGGUUGCAGAUAUCAAAGCUCUGCUGGUGGGCAAAGAGUGUCCUCACAUGAAGGAAAACAAAGGAAAGCAGAACAAGGAGGUGUUGGACCUGGCGUUUAGCAUCACCUACGACGUGGAGGAGUACAGCCUCAACUUCAUCGCCCCCUCAAGGACUGAUUUCUGCCUGUGGACGGACGGACUGAGCGUCCUCCUGGGCCGGGAAAUGAGUAGCGAAUCCAUGCGCAGCGAGUUGGACAUCCUCCUCUCCAUGGAGAUUAAGCUUCGCCUGCUGGAUUUGGAGAACAUCCCCAUCCCGGAGAAUGCGCCCGUGGUCCCCAAACCACCGAGCAACUACAACUUCUGCUACGACUUUAGUCAAACUGAGCAGUAGAGGGCGUGACACC